ACUCAUAUUGUGUGGAAACUAGCCAGCUGUUAUUUUCAGUAUUUUAGUUGUUUCUUCAAAAGAACAUCGUCUAAUAGAUCAUUAUAAACACAACAAAUCAUAAUGUCACCUAAAAAGUCAUACAGUCUUGAGACUGAAUUGGUGUUUACCAAAUCUGGAGAUCAAUAUAAUGCCUCAGUUGCUCCCUUGUACCAAUCAGCUACUUUCAAACAAGACUCCCUUUCACAAAUGGGAGAAUAUGACUAUACAAGAUCAGGAAAUCCUACAAGAACUCAUUUGCAAAACCAUUUGGCUAAGAUUAUGAAGGCACAGCUGGCAUUCGCUGUCAGUUCCGGGAUGGGAUGUCUCGAUGUUAUCACAAGACUCUUAAAGCCCGGUGAUGAAGUGAUUGCUGGUGAUGACUUGUACGGUGGUACCCACAGAUUAUUGACAUACUUGAACAAGAAAGGAGACUUGAUUGCUCAUCACUAUGACACUACCAACACUGAAUUGAUUAAAUCCAAGAUCACGGAUAAGAUAAAGAUGAUUUUCUUGGAGUCUCCAACCAACCCCUUAAUUAAAGUCGUCGAUGUUAAAUCAAUUACCGAGCAUGCUCACAAAGUCAAUCCUGACAUUGUUGUUGUAUUUGACAACACCAUGAUGUCACCUAUAUUAAUGACACCCUUGGAAUUAGGAGUUGAUAUUCAAUACGAGUCAGCUACUAAGUACUUGAAUGGACAUCAUGAUAUUAUGGCAGGUGUUAUUGCUACCAGAUCCACAAAGUUAGCUGAACAGUUAUACUACAUUAUAAAUUCCACUGGAUGUGGAUUAUCGCCAUUUGAUUCAUGGUUAUUAAGUAGAGGAUUGAGAACUUUAGCUAUCAGAGUGGAAAGACAACAAGAGAAUUGUGUACGUAUUGCUAAAUUCUUGCAUCAAAUUGGGUUUAAGGUAAGAUACCCAGGUUUGAAGUCGCAUCCUCAAUAUGAGUUACAUAGCUCCAUGUGUCGUGGAUACGGGGCAGUUUUAAGUUUCGAAACCGGUAAUAUUAAAUUGUCAGAGAAGAUUGUUGAAAGCACGGAUAUUUUCGGUAUUGCUGUUUCUUUUGGCUGUGUUAAUUCGUUAAUUUCCAUGCCAUGCAAAAUGUCACAUGCUUCAAUUGAUAAAAAGACAAGAGAAGAACGUGAAUUCCCAGAAGAUUUAAUCAGAUUAUGUAUUGGUAUCGAGAAUGUCGAUGACCUAAUCGACGACUUGACCAAGGCCUUGUUAAAGAGUGGAGCAGUUAAGAUCAACGACAGAGAUGAAUUGUAUAACGCUGUUGGAUUACAACCUAAGUUGUAAGCAAUCAGCGUAUAUUUAUGUUAAAACUUUAUAAACUUGAAUACAAAACAUUUUUAUA